CUCCGCACCGCGCUCCGCACCGCGCUCAGACCCCGCCGCCGGGAGCCGCCGCCGCGGGGCGCAGCAGAUACAAUGAUGACACUGAACAUUCAGAUCAUCUCUGGCCUCCUUUGCUGCAUGACUUUUCUUCCUACAGAUGGCUUCCCAGCAGACACCAGUACUGAAUUUCGCUCUGCUUUCUCUGUGGCCAGAACCAGCAGCAUGGAAGGGAGCUCUGAGAUGGUGAUUACCUUUGACAAAGUGUAUGUGAAUAUUGGCAAUGAUUUUGACCCCAAGACUGGAUUGUUCCGCUGCCGGAUCCCGGGAGCCUACUACUUCUCCUUCACCGUUGGAAAAUACCCCAAGAAAAACUUGUCUGUCAUGCUGAUGAGAAACAAGAAUGAGGUGCAGGUAAUUGUGUAUGACGAACAUCACCGCAAGGAACGCAAGGUGGCCAGCCAGAGUGCCAUGCUGCAGCUUGACUACGGGGACACAGUGUGGCUGCGUUUACAUGGAGAUCCCAAGUACGCUCUUUACAGCAAUGUGGGGCCCUAUACAACUUUCAAUGGCUAUCUGAUCUAUCCAGACACUUCUGCAUUCUUCCAGAAUGCUCUGGACUCUCAAGAGCUCGGGCCACACCCUCACGCAAUUCAGCAACUUCCCAGAGAGCAGAAUGAAGCUUCACAGCGACGCGUGUUGUCUGACCAGCCAAAGAGGGUACAAGACCCUCGCUCUGCAUUUUCUGUUGCCCGCUCACAAAGUCUCUUGGGGACAGAUGAGAAGCAAACCCAGCACGAGCCAAUCACAUUUGAUACAGAGUUCGUGAAUAUUGGAAAAGAUUUCAAUUCCUCCACUGGCAUCUUCACGUGCCGUAUACCUGGUGCAUACUAUUUCUCCUUCACCAUUGGCAAAAUGCCCUUUAAGACUAUGUCAGUGAAACUGAUGAAGAACCACAAUGAGGUGCAGGCCAUGAUCUAUGAUGACAACCACUCCAAGCGGCGGGAGAUGCAGAGCCAGAGCAUCAUGCUGCCUCUGCAAUAUGGGGACACCGUUUGGCUCUACAGCCAUCAGCAUGAUGGCUAUGGUGCCUACAGCAACCACGGCAAGUACAUCACCUUCACAGGCUUCCUCAUCUAUUCAGAGGCUCAGCCAAAGUGGCUGCCAGGUGCCAGCUCACCUCAAGGGUCAAACAAUUAAUUGCAGCUGUGAAAGGAACAUAAGAAGAGCCAAGGUGCCAUGAACUUGGGUACAGCUUCUCUGAAUAUCAUCCUCUACUUUGAGCAUGCUGUCAUGUGUCCAGUGCUUUCCUUAGCUGCACGCUUGUGCCCUGUCUCCAGGGCCGCUGCUGUGUGUGCCAUUCAUCCGUAGAGAGGCCUUUCAGGUUGUAGCUGUGUGUCCCGUGUUGGUGUUUGAUUUAACAUAAAGCAUGAGGUAGUUUUGGGGCAGGGGUGGGGCACUGUAGUGAGAUGCUGAGGAUCAGAGAGCUACUGCAGUCAUGUUACUGCAGAUCUCCAGCAUCCAGAAACAAAAGGGUAUGGUGUCUUUCCUUGUUUAUCCAGGGAGGGAAUAAAUGUAAUGGAAAUGAAUGUAAUAAAAAUACAAAAUAUG